UCCUUUGGAAUCAUUCUCAUGGCUUCUCCGAAAUUCCCAUUCCCCCUUUCUCCUCUCCCUAUUUAUUCACACGUACCCUAAUUCCCCCUCCCCACAAACACAAAUUAAAUUGCACAUACACAAUAUACCUCAAUUCUUCUUUGCACAGUAAUGGAAUCUAAAUCCGAGUCAAAUUUCCAAGAUUUCUUGCCCCUCAUGGCUGAAAAGCUAGGCGGGGAUGGGCUGAUAGGCGAGCUGUGCAAUGGGUUUCAGCUGCUGAUGGAUAGGGAGAAAGGGGUCAUCACUUUCGACAGUCUCAAGAACAACUCUGCUCUGCUGGGCUUGCAAGAUCUCACCGACGACGAUCUGUGGAGCAUGCUCCGGCAAGGGGAUUUCGACGGCGAUGGGGCUCUCAACCAGAUGGAGUUCUGUGUGCUCAUGUUUCGAUUGAGCCCUGAGUUAAUGGAGCACUCUCAGUUUUUGUUAGAAGAGGCUCUUCAAGACCUGCUCUAAUAAGAUUGAGCUACUGUAAUUUUUAACUCUGUUGUUAACACGAUUCUUUGUAAUCUGCAUACUUUUGUUUUGGAUCAUAUCCCACAUACGAUUAAUUGAAAGAAAAUUCAUUUGUUUCGAAUAUGAA